AUGCCACGCCAACUACGCCGCGAAGACUACACCGUAGGAUGGGUGUGCGCGCUGCCUGUCGAGCUGGCAGCAGCCAAAGCGAUGCUCGACGAAAUGCACGCCAACGCUGAUUGUGAUGUCGGCGACAAUGACGAGAACGUGUACUGCAUGGGAUCAGUUGCAGGCCACAACGUUGUGAUCGUAUGCCUUCCAGCAGGCCACAUCGGGAACAACCCAGCCGCGACCGUCGCGACCCAGAUGCGGACAGCGUUUAAGGGCAUCCGAUUUGGGCUGAUGGCAGGUAUCGGCGGAGGCGUUCCGAGCGCCAGCGCAGACAUUCGACUUGGGGACGUGGUGGUGAGCCAGCCGCAAGGGACCUUUGGUGGAGUGGUUCAGUACGACUUUGGGAGAAGAACGCCAAACGGACUUGAGCGGAUUGGAUCGCUGAACUCACCACCUCGGAUACUGCUCAGCGCUGUAAACACUGUAAGAGCAAAUGCAAUAAUGAACGAGAGCACAUUGUCAGACCACCUAUCAACACUCGAGCGCAUCCCUAUCUUCCAGCGCCGCAAGGCAGGUCCCGAUAUCCUGUUCAAGGGUGCCUAUAAUCAUAAGCACGGCGCCACAUGCGACAGGUGUAGCGUUAGGAGUCGACAACUACGACCAGAACGCGAGGGCGGAACAGAGGUAAUAGUACACUACGGCACGAUUGCUUCUGGCAAUCAGGUGAUAAAGGAUGCCGCCGAGAGAGACAGGGCUCACGCGGCAGGGACGGCAGCGGCGUAUGCGAAGGAGCUGUUGUCGGUAAUACCGGCAGCAGAUGUGAUGAACACACGCCGUGCGGAGGAUGCUAUAAGCAGCGGCGAGAACAAACAUCGCCGUCAGUCAUCACCUUCUGAUCAUGCUUCCUGUAAGCGCAUAAAGAAUGUCAUCUCUAAGGGCUCAGAGAGUAGUUCUGCAGAACAGUGGAAUGCUACACUCCCUACUCACUCCCAGGAACCCUCGCGAACACCGAUGAACGAUGAACAAAGGCAGAUUCUAUUGGACUCUCUAAGAUUCCAGCAGAUUGAUGCGCGCCAGAUGACUAUCAAGACCGCCCACGCCAAGACGUGCAGAUGGCUCUUGAAGAGUGAGCAGUACCUCAACUGGCUCGAUACAACCAGGCUAGAUGAACACCAUGGCUUCUUGUGGAUCAAGGGCAAGGCCGGAACGGGCAAGUCGACGUUGAUGAAGUAUGCGCUGGUUAAUGCUCGCAAGACAAUGAAGGACUACAUCAUACUCUCCUUCUUCUUUAAUGCGCGCGGCGAGGAAAUAGAAAAGUCUACAGUUGGGACAUACCGUUCUUUGUUGCUGCAGCUUCUCGACCGUCUCCCAGCGCUUCAGGAUAUUUUUGAUUCGCUUAGCCUAUCAGCCUCAAAGUUCACCGCAGACUACCAGUGGAAUAUCGAGACAUUAAAAGCACUGCUGGAGCAAGCGAUACAGAGCUUAGGAGACUCGUCUGUCGUAUGCUUUGUUGAUGCGCUUGAUGAGUGUGAAGAGGAGCAGGUUCGGGAUAUGAUCCAAUUUUUCGAGCAUAUCAGCGAUCUAGCCGUAUCAAACCAUAUCCGCUUCCAGGUAUGCUUCUCGAGCAGGCACUACCCGCACAUCACAAUCCAGAACGGGCUAGAGCUAGUGCUAGAGGGGCACGAGGGACACUCGCAAGACAUUACUCACUAUGUUGAGACUGAGUUAAGGAUUGGUAAAAGUAAGACUGCACAGCAGGUCCGAGCCGAGCUUCAGCAGAAGGCGUCGGGGAUUUUUAUGUGGGUUGUUCUCGUUGUGGGUAUCUUAAACAAAGAGUUCGACAAGGGGCAGGUACAUGCACUUCGAAAGAAGUUGAAGGCAAUCCCUGGAGACCUGCACAAACUGUUCCGUGACAUCCUGACACGAGACGAGCACAACAAGGAUAGACUGGUGCUGUGCAUCCAGUGGGUGCUCUUUGCGAAGCAGCCGCUCAGUCCGGAGCAGCUUUAUCACGCUCUUCUCCUAAGUAUCGAUCCUGACGCUAUCUUAGAAUGGGACCCCGAGGAGACUACAAAAGAUGAUGUUAAGCGGUUCCUCCUUAACUCUUCUAAAGGUCUCGCUGAGGCUACCAUUUCUAAAGAGCCGAGGGUUCAGUUCAUCCAUGAAUCAGUAAGGGACUUUUUACUUAAAGAGGACGGUCUCAGCAAGAUCUGGCCAGAGUACGGUAACAACUUUCAAGGUCAAAGUCACGAACGACUAAAGCAGUACUGCCUUGACUAUAUUAGCAUCGACGUUGCUACACCCUUGCAGAUUCCCGACGAGCUUCCGAAAGCCUCCUCGCAACAGGCAGCCGACCUGCGCAAAUUAGCAACCCAAACAUUUCCCUUUCUAGAGUAUGCCGUCCGCAAUGUGCUGUAUCAUUCGGACGCAGCAGAAGUCGGAGGCAUCUCUCAGGCGAAAUUCCUUGACAGAUUCCUUGACAGCUUCCCGCUUUCUCGAUGGGUCAAGCUCGACAACUUACUUGAAAAGCAUCAAGUGCGGAGACACACGGAACGCGUCAGUCUGCUGUAUUUGUUGGCCGAGCUUAACACGGCAAAUCUUAUUAGAGUUCUCGAUUCAGCCAGCCGCUGUAUGGACGUCGAGGUGGAGCGCUACGGCUGCCCUCUUUUCGCCGCAGCUGCUAUGAACAGUGAAAAGACUCUUGAAGCGUUUCUGAAGUCUACUAGGUUGCAGCAAGCUGACUGCAGCUUCGGAAAAGUAGUGGGAGAACAGCAGUCUCAGCGCAAGUUGGCUCAGUGCGCCGCAAGACGUGACUUUGUAUACUCGAAGGCAAAAGAUUUCCUCCUAAAUGCAGCAGAGCUUGGGCAUGACGAGGUUCUUGCGCUUUCGAUCAAAUCAGAGAGAUUUAGGAUUGGUUCGAAAGAUUCGAAGAAUAGGACGGUGCUAUGGUGGGCUUCCAGAAAUGGCUGUGGGACAUCGGCGAGGCUGUUGCUCGCUGCAGACUCUGCCAUGGUCAACAGCAGGAAUGACGGCACGACCCCACUAAUUAUAGCAGCGGAGCAAGGGCAUUACGAGAUGAUUGAAAUACUGGUAGACAAGGGCGCCGACGUCAACGCCCAGAGUGGACAGUACGGCAACGCACUCCAAGCAGCUUCAACUAAAGGCUAUAAAGAGAUCGCGAUGCUACUGCUAGACAAGGGCGCCGACGUUAACGCCCAGAGUGGACAGUACGGCAACGCACUCCAAGUAGCUUCAGUUGUUGGUCACAAAGAGAUCGCGAUGCUACUGCUAGACAAGGGCGCCGACGUCAACGCCCAGAGAUAA